AGCUUUGCAUGGGCGGUGGACACGUAGUAGCCGGCUGCUAGAUUUUUCUUUUUCUUUGCCUUUUUCUCCCCCUCUUUUCCCCUCAGCUGUAUUACUUCUCGUCCUAAUUCGCUACCAUCGUGACAAGCGACGAGCGAGAGGAGACGCCGCCUCCUGCAAGGGGUGUCACUUCUCACAAACGCCCUCCAUCUCAACAGAUGCAAGGUACCCGAUGCCACCGAAUAGACCCGAUCCUACCUAUUCACACCAAUGCUGUACAGGUACACACGCUCUCCCCCUUCCACUCCUCUUCUCUCCCCAUCUCCCUCUCUCGCCUGGGUACCUCCACAUUGUGGGCACUUACACACACAAGGACGCGCACACACACUACAGAUGCCAUUGCCCAGCCCUUUCGGGUCAGACUCCCAUCCGUCCGCACCCCUUCUGCCGAUUCGUUUAGCCUUCUCUCCCCUCUCUUCUCUUUCUCUCUUCUUGGGGGCCUUUUGCAUAUUCAUCCGCCCCCAAAUUUUCUUUUCUCCCUCUAAAGCUCGGCAUCGUGCAGUACAAACGCCGACGCAGGAACGCAAUAGUCGCCCAAAGUCUGCCCACCACAAAAAAAAAUCCUCAUGCAAGGGAGAGAGAGGGGGGGAAGGGAACUCAGCUCGGCAAUCGUCCUGCCGCCUCCCCCCUCCUUUCUGCUCAAUUGAGUUUUCUGCGGCUCAUUUUUUUCUUUCAAUUUUGACGCUUUUGGGGACCAAGCGUCCGGUGAGGCUUCUUCGCCAAGCUGAACCUUCUUCUCCAGUGCUGCGAACAUGUUGCCCAUUUCUCCGCUUGAGUUCGGCGGUACUACGCCCGGGUUACCCGUCCAUUGACGGAUUUUGUGGCCCUUUUCGCUUUCUUUCUUCUCUUUCAAGUAUACUUUGUGACCGUAGGAACAAUUCAGGUCGGGUAGCUCCAGCAUGGCACCAAUGAGAGACUCAGCUCCAGCCAUUGAUUGCUGCCUGCUUGUGGCCUGUCAUCUACUAAGUAGACGAUAGUGCUACCUUGGCGCAACACCUUGGGCUUCCGGCUGUGAAAAUACCUACA